AUGGAGGCAGUUGUUACCGGGUCUGUCGCGGCCAAACGCCCCAGCGCGCGAUCAACAACGCUCGAUGCGGAUGCAGCCAGAGACCUGCUCAACUAUUUUGAGAUUGACGAGAACGAGAAGGAGUUCCUCAUCUCGGCCAUCACGUCCAGCAAGGCGCACGAGGACGAGGUCAAGGCCCUCCUUCACGACCGCGCAUUCUCUUCACACACGUCAGAGGAUGACACGUCUGAGGAUGACGACAACCAAAAUGACAGCGCACCAACAGGCCGGCACUCAAUACCAUGGAGGACGCCGGAGAACCCAGAAGCCCCACCAAUGGACGAAAACACGGCCCGCAACCUGCUUUGCGGUUUCAACAUCGACGACGACCUGAGGGAAUUUCUCAUGGCCAUUAUCAUGUCGGGCAAGGUUUUUGAGGAUGAUCUCAGGCAACUCUACAAGAUCGGCCUCUCGGCUGGUUGGGAGACCUUUCAGGCACAGGUGCAGUGUGCAAAGUCAUUGAGAGACAAGGUCCUCGCAAGGCAUUACGGUGAUGAUCUCACGCUGUAUCUGGGGAUGUUGAGGGAGUCUGAUCACAUCGGGGACUUCAAGGAGAGGUACUGGCCUCUGGGGGCACCUGCACUCAAUGCGAGCGACAAGCUCGUGGCGGGCAAGCAUCUCUGGGGCGGACUGGUGGAUGGCAACACGACGAGCCUGCAGAGCAUCCAACUGGUUCAUGACGACGACAGCCAAGUCAUCAACAACAUCGUGCCCAUGGACAAGCCCCCGCCGGACUGGGUAGCAAGCAAUCCUCAGCCCACCAAGACAGCAACCGAUACCACCAAGAAGGCCAAGCCCAAGACGCAAAGUGCAGAGCAGGCUCCAUCUUCCGCCAAUGACGCCAGAUUUGAGGUCGUCUGCCCUAUACGGCGGCAGGACGGGUCCGUCUGUAACAAGCGCUGCUACGACGGAAAGGCCUACCGCUCCAUGCAGGAGCACAUCCGCAAAGUGCACAAGGACCAUUACAUACCAGGUCUCAACGCGAAUGAAGAGAGCUUCCGUCGCAUGGUCAACAACACACCCGGAGGGGAGUCCAACCUGCAGCAGGCCACAAACGGGGCCAAGAGCCCGGAUGAUCAGGCAGGAGCCUUCAACCCUCAGCUGGUCCGACCGGCUGACUUGUCUUUGCCGUUGGCCAACGGCGCGGCGGUGGACGCGGGAAAGCAGCAGCGAGUGGCCAAGAAAGCGAAACAGUCACAUGAGAAGAGCGCUGCAAAGUCACCAUUCUUUGUCGACCAGGGGCAGAAUUUGCUGGAUGUCAACGUCUCAGGGCCAAUUUCUGGUAUAAUACCGGCGCAGUCUGCUCUUGGCGGCGCUUUUGAUGAGAGGCAGUUUCUGUCGCCGUUUGAUAGAGGCCAAGACGGAUUCGGAGCAAUGUCACUUGGACUAGAUGCCACUAUAUCCCAGAGCCUGUUCCCACAGCAUGUUGACGGCCCAGCUCACAGCUCAGUGUCAUCAGAUCGGAAGCGGAAGCGCGAUGACACGAACUCCGAACCACAAGAUCAGUCCUCGAGCCAGGACCUGCAGGGUGGACUCAAUGGCUCAGCUGGCGAGCUCUAUAACCCACCUGUAGACCCGAACCUUUUCUUCCAGACCUUACCACCACAGCCAGCACCCCCUGUCGCUCCCGAUGUGUUCGACGAGAUGAUAGAUAUCCUCGGCCAGCUUCAAGAGGCUUCUCGAGAGAAUAAUGCGACGCGAGAGAUGAACGGACCGACGACUGGGCACUACAACCCACCGGCUGAGUUCACGGCCUCACAAGCCCUGUCAGCCAAGCGUAACCCUUUCGCUGCGCCCACACCACCCGCAAAAGCGAAGCCUGCCCAGAAGCAGGCCGCAUCCCACUUCUUUGUUUCUCCCAGCAAGAAAAUCGACGAGGCACGCACCGCCUCAGUGACACCAAGCCCGACGGCUAAGAAGACAAGCCGACCGGCCCGGGGCACUGUGUCGGCACUUCCGAUCCCCCCGUUGGCAGGAGACAGGUUCGGCCUUGUCCAGGAAGAGCUGGCCGGUGACCCCUUUCGACUCUUGGUUGCCGUCACCUUCCUGAUUAGAACUCCUGGAAGGGUUGCAAUCCCCGUGUUCCGCCAGCUGAUGGAGCGCUACCCAACGCCGCAGGCCCUGGUCGAGGCGGGCCCGGCUGACAUUGAGGCUAUGAUGCAUCAUCUCGGCCUGUCUAACCAACGGACCAAGACGAUCCAGAAGUAUGCGCGCACCUGGCUCGAGCGGCCCCCCUCGAAAGACGUGCGCUACGGGAUCAAGGACUACCCGCAGAAGGGCGACGGCAAGGACGUCCGCGCGGCCGAGGUCUUUGGGCCCGAGGACCACCCCGGCGCCGACAAGGGCGACGGCAACCCCGGAAGCCCCGACUCUUCCAAAGAGAACGACCCCCAAGCCAAGACCACGGCUAGAGGCCACGGCACAGCCUGGGAGAUCGGCCACCUGACGACGGGCCGGUACGCGCUCGACUCGUGGCGGAUAUUCUGCCGGGACGUCCUCCUGGGUCGCGCGCAGGACUGGAAGGGAAAAGGCCGCGACGGCGCCUUCCAGCCGGAGUGGAUGCGCGUCCUGCCCGAGGACAAGGAGCUCAGGGCCUGCCUGCGGUGGAUGUGGAUGAAGGAGGGCUGGGAGUGGGACCCGAAAACCGGCGAGAAGACCCCGCUGCGGGAGGAGAUGCGCCGGGCCGUCGACGAGGGCCGGGUCGCAUAUGACAACCUGGGCCAGCUGCAGAUUCUGGAAAAGGUGGAUGGUCAGGUCGAUGGUAACGGAGUGGCUUGA